GGCCCCGCCCCGCCCCGCCCCCGCCCCGCCCUCAGGCCUCAGGGCCAGGAAGCGCGGAAAGAACCGCCCGGGGCCAUGGACGGGUCUGUGAUGGAAGGGCCGCUCUUUUUGCAGAGUCAGCGUUUCGGUACCAAGAGGUGGAGGAAGACCUGGGCCGUGCUCUACCCGGCCAGCGCCCACGGCGUAGCGCGCCUCGAGUUCUUUGACCACAAAGGGUCGAGCUCUGGAGCGGGCCGAGGGGGCUCGCGCCGCCUGGACUGCAAGGUGAUCCGUUUGGCCGAGUGUGUGAGCGUGGCGCCGGUGGCCGUGGAGAGUCCCCCGGAGCCUGGCGCCAUCGCCUUCCGCCUGGACACUGCACAGCGCUCCCACCUGCUGGCGGCCGACGCGCCGUCCAGCGCCGCCUGGGUGCAAACGCUGUGCCUAAACGCCUUUCCGAAAGGCAGCCGGCCUCUGGCGCCUGCCGAGAACCCACCCAAGCUUUCUGCCCUGGAGAUGCUGGAGAACUCGCUGUAUAGCCCCACCUGGGAAGGAUCCCAGUUCUGGGUCACUGUGCAGAGGACUGAAGCGGCGGAUCGCUGUGGCCUGCAUGGCUCCUAUGUGCUGCGAGUGGAGACUGAGAGGCUGGCUCUCCUGACCGUGGGAGCUCAGAGUCAGAUACUGGAGCCACUCCUCUCCUGGCCCUAUACUCUGUUGCGUCGCUAUGGAAGGGAUAAGGUUAUGUUCUCCUUUGAGGCUGGCCGCCGCUGCCCCUCUGGCCCUGGAACCUUCACCUUCCAGACGGCACAAGGAAAUGACAUAUUUCAGGCAGUUGAGACAGCUAUCCAGCUGCAGAAGACCCAGGGCAAGGCUGGUCAGGGGCAGGAGGUCCUCAGAGCUGACUCCCAAGAAGAAGUGGCAGAGGGGAAGCUGGCUUCCCUCCCUGGCACCCAGGAGCUCCCCGGCAGCCUUCCAGCCCUGUAUGCUGAACCCUUAGACUCCCUGCGCAUUCCUCCAGGUCCUUCCCAGGAUUCCCUAUAUUCAGACCCCCUGGACAGCACCCCUGCACAGGCAGGGGAGGAGGCACAGUUAAAGAAAACUAUCUAUUGGGACUUGUAUGAGCAUGUGCAGCAGCAGUUACUGAAGACCAAGCUGAGAGACCCCAAAGAGGACCCCAUCUAUGAUGAACCUGAGGGCCGGGCCCCGGCCGCUCUCCGGGGUCUUUAUGAUCUGCCUCAGGAGCCCAAGGAUGCAUGGUGGUGCCAGGCUCGGGCGAAGGAGGAGGGCUACGAGCUCCCCUACAACCCUGCCACUGACGACUAUGCCGUGCCACCCCCUCGGAGCACGAAGCCCCUCCCAGCUCCCAAGCCCCAGGGCCUGGCCUUCCCUGAAUCUGGUGCUGCAACUGGCAGUGGCAGCAAAGACCACAGCUUAUCAGACACUGCCCUGUACAGCCAAGUCCAGAAGAGCAGGGCCUCAGGGAGCUGGGACUAUGGGCUCCCUAGAACAGGGGCCGACAGGACUGGGGUCAAAUCAGAAGGCUCCACAUGAGAAGUAGGGCAACGCUGGGGUUGCUGAUAGGAGGACCAUGGGGAUCAAAGAAACCUGUUAGAACCAGUGGAAACCAGAGGGCUGGAGGGCCUGUGUGAGAGUAGGGGACAGACGGAUCAGGGGAGUCAAGGGAAAGAUGAAUCUCCAGAAGCUCUGGAAGUGAAUCCCCAGAAGCUCUGGGACAGAUGGCAGGGGCUCAGCAUCCCUAAAGCAUUCCCCCCAAAAGGAACGGACAGCUGCUGGACCAGGUCUAUGGAAAGUGCUUGCUCAGAGUAGGAACAGUUGGAGGGGCCAGCUUGGAGGCUGUAGGGAGAUGCUGGACUGCCUGGAUCCUUUCCCCUGCAUUGUCCUUUGCCAGAGAUUUAUUUUUAAAAAGUUUUAUUCUCAUUAAAGUCAGUUUGGGUUUAAGAGGUCUAUGUGUGUGAAUAGUCACAGGGGACACAGAGGCAGGGUGUGCUAGGUGGAUAUGGAAGGGAUCAGGAGGAGAACCAGGAAUGUGUUGGAGGCCUUGGAAGGAGGUAAGGGCCCCAGGGAGGGGAGCUGAGCAGGCGGCUGUUCAGAGCCUGGGUGGUCCAUCUGGUCCACCUGGGCUUGACCCUAUCUCUGUGACCCCAGGGGAGUUGUUUAACAUCUACAACCUUCACUUCCCCUGCUGCCCCUUUGUAAACUGGGAAAACUUAGUAACAGGCUCUAUGCCUCGGGUGUUUGUAUGAAAGGAGUUAAAUUUCUCAGGUACUUAGUGCAAUUUGAAGCACAGAGUAAACAUUCUAUAAAUGGUAGUUGUUACUCUGUAGGCUUCUGAGGAGGCUUUGCUGGCUGAUGGGAAGGUAGGCAGGUGUGAGGAGAGUGGAAUAGGAAGGGAAUAAGUUUUUCACAUCAUCCUCUCCCCUGUUCUCAGCCGUAUGACACCCCACCCCCAUUUGCAUGCAGGCACCAACCACUUUUCUGUUUGGAGUCUGAAGGGAACUACAGUGUGGUGGGUGUAGUGAGAGGGGCAUGGAUUUGGAAUCAGGCUUGGAUUUCAAUCCUGCUUGUUUUUCAUCAGCUCUGAAAACCACAUCCUUGUCUCCUGAGCCCCAAUUUCCUGAAGAUCACCCAGCCUCAUUCACCUGCUUAGGCAGAGCUACAAGGACAAAUUCGGACCAGGAGUGAUCCUAACCAUGGGGUUAGCUCAUUGGGUGUUUAAUCUUCAUCUGUGUUCACAGUGUCAGGUGACCCAAAAGAAAAAAACGAGUCCUUGCCUGGAGGAGGGAGAGGUCGGGUAUGUCUCUUCUAGGCUGAGGAGUGGGCGGUGGCAGCACAGGACAGAGGAGGGGAAGCUCUGCUUCUGUUAUGCAGAGCUCACCGAGGCCCAGGUGGACAGAAGGCAAGUG